AUGUGCAAAGGAUUCAGAUCAACCUUGACCGGCCCUGCUCUCCAGUGGUAUAUCAACAUGCCUACCAAAUCCAUCAAAUCCUUUGCAGCCCUUAGCGAUAAGUUCGUAGAGCAGUUUGCUAGCAGCCGUGACCUAGAGAAGAACUCAGAUGAUCUCUAUGAGAUCCUCCAGCAUAGGAAUGAGCCCCUUCGUUCUUACAUAGCUCGCUUCAACCAAGAGAAGGUGGCUAUCCCUGGGUGCAACGCUGAUACGACUAUCUCAGCCUUUAAGAGGGGUCUAUUUCCUGAGGGAGAUCUUUACAAGGAGCUGAUCAAAUACAAGUGCAGGAUUAUGGAAGACGUACUGUGUCGUGCUUGGGCUCAAGUAAGAUGGGAAGAAGACGUUGCUAGUAGGGCCAAAGCCGGUCCGAAGUAUAAUCAGAAGUCAUCAAAGCCUACAAGGAGUGACCGCGACGAGCCGUCUCACUCUAAGUCCGCUAGGGAGACUAAUAACCCGAACAGGGGCAAGUAUCAGCAUCGACCUUUGUCUAGACCCGAAGGGAUGAUGGUAUCUACUUGGCCUGACAUCUCCCAUCUUGCGAUAUCCAAACCGAAACUGAUCGGUGUCUUACGACAAAUGGGUCCUCAAGUCAAGUGGCCUCCUAAGAUGAAGGCCGCAGAGGCUAAUCGAAACCCCAAGCGAUGGUGCGAGUUCCAUAGUGACCAUGGUCAUACUACGGAGGAUUGCAUAGCCCUGAAGAUGGAAGUCGCCGAGCUCCUCAAGAAAGGCUACCUACAGGAUUUCCUCUCGGAUAAAGCCAAGAACCUUCUAAAUAAAGAAGGUCCCGAUCUCCUUAUCGAGGCAGCUCCUGCAUUGCCACCACAGCAAGACCGGGUGAUCCAUGUCAUCACAGGCUGA